UCAUCUGCCAGGAGCAUGGCUGCCGUGAACGACUCUGACACUCGCACGACAGGCUGCCUCCUCACUGGCCUCCCUGGGCUGGAGCACCUGCACAUCUGGCUCUCCAUCCCCUUCUGCGCCAUGUAUGUAGCCGCCCUGGCAGGCAACGGCAUUUUAAUUGGUAUCAUCCUCUCGCAGCCAAGCCUGCGCGAGCCCAUGUACAUAUUCCUGUCCAUGCUGGCCAGUGCAGAUAUCUUGCUCUCCACUUCCACGAUGCCCAAAACACUGGCCAACUUCUGGCUAGGUUCCAGCCACAUUUCCUUUGAUGGCUGCCUCACCCAAAUGUUCUUCAUCCACUUCCUCUUUGUGGCCGACUCUGCAGUCCUGCUGGCCAUGGCCUUUGACCGCUUUGUGGCCAUCUGCUCCCCUCUGCGAUAUACCACAGUCCUCACGAGCACUGUCAUUGGGAAGAUCGUCGCUGCCACCCUGACCCGCAGCCUCAUCAUCAUGUUUCCAUCCAUCUUUCUUCUCAAGCGCCUGCGCUAUUGUCAGAUCAACAUCAUUGCACACACUUUUUGUGAGCACAUGGGCAUCGCCCGUCUGUCUUGUUCUGAUAUCUCCAUCAAUGUCUGGUACGGGUUGGCAGCUGCCCUACUCUCCACAGGCCUGGACAUCAUCCUUAUUGCUGUUUCCUACAUUCACAUCCUCCGAGCUGUCUUCCGCCUCCCUUCUCAAAAUGCCCGGUCCAAGGCCCUGAGCACAUGUGGCUCCCACGUCUGUGUCAUCCUACUCUUCUACGUCCCUGCCCUUUUCUCUGUCUUUGCCUACAGGUUCGGUGGGAGACGCAUCCCACGCUAUGUCCAUAUCCUCCUGGCCAACCUCUAUGUGGUCAUCCCGCCUAUGCUCAAUCCUAUUAUUUAUGGAGCAAGGACCAAGCAGAUUUGGGAAGGGGCUAAACAGAUGUUUUCACAUCUUGCCAAGGAAUCUAAAUAAGUGUUCUCAACUUGACCUUAACUUAAUCCCUUUCUGUAUCUAUUAAUUGAUCCUACGUUCACCCUAACCUCGUCUCUACGUCUUCCAGUUAUCGCCAUGCUAUUAUCAUCUAUGUCCCAAUUAAUUCACAUACAUGCUCUACUCAAACCUACCUUUGAUUUCUUUUCUUAGAAAUCUACAGUAACAGCCACCCCACCUUCUUCUACCUAUUAUUCAAU